AUGAGCGCCUGCAGCAGGAAGGCUCUGACUUUGCUGAGCAGCGUCUUUGCAAUCAGCGGCCUGGGGCUGCUGGGAGUGGCCGUCAGCACUGACUACUGGUUGUACCUGGAGGAGGGCGUCAUUCUGCCUCUGAACCAGAGCACGGACAUCAAGACGGCGCUGCACUCGGGCCUCUGGAGGGUCUGCUCCCUCGCUGGUGACGAGUCUGGUCGGUGUUUUACCAUCGAGUACAUCAUGCCCAUGAACGUCCAGAUGACGUCCGAGUCCACGGCGAACAUGCUCAAGAUGAUCCGCUCAGCCACUCCCUUCCCUCUGGUCAGCCUGUUCUUCAUGUUCAUCGGUUUUGUCCUCAGCAACAUCGGGCACGUGCGACCGCACCGCACCAUCCUGGCCUUCGUCUCUGGAAUCUUCUUCAUCCUCUCAGGUCUGGCUCUGGUGUUGGGCCUGGUGCUGUAUAUUUCCAGUAUCAAUGAUGAAAUGUUGAACCGGACUAAAAGCAGUGAGGCCUAUUUUACCUACAAUUACGGCUGGUCCUUUGCCUUCGCUGCCAUCUCCUUCCUGCUCACUGAGAGUGCGGGUGUCAUGUCCGUCUACCUGUUCAUGAAGCGCUACACAGCCGAGGAGAUCUACCAGCCUCACCACCCCGGCUUCUACCGCCCUCGUCUCAGCAACUGCUCCGGCCACUCGGGCCAGUUCCUCCACCCACAGGCCUGGUCCCGUGGACGCAGUCCCUCAGACAUCUCCAGCGACGCCUCGCUCCAGAUGAGCAUCAGCUACCCGGUCCUCCUCAAAUGCCCCGACUAUGACCAGGUCUCCUCUUCACCCUGUUGA